GGGGCGGGGCCAGCGUCCGUCGGGGGCGGGGCCAGUGAAGGGGUCGGAACCGGUCGCUCACUUCCGCCGCACGCGCGGGCCGCCGGGCGAUGCAGGCGCCUCGGAGUUCUCGGCUUCGGCUGAGUCGCCGGCAGCCGCCCUCCAGGGGCGGGCCUCCGAGCCCCCGCCCGGGGUCCCUCCAGGACGGCGACGGCGAGCGCGCGCGGCUGUGGGCCGGGCUGCUGCGCGCGGUGAGCGCGGACCUGGACGAGGACGGGGUGCCGCCGCCGCUGCCCGCUUUCCCCGGCCAGGAGCCCAGCCGCUGUCCCGAGCGCGCCGAUUCUCCUGAGGUCUUCACCGUGGGAUCCAAAACCUUUUCCUGGACGCCCUUCCCGCCUGCCCCGAGGGGAGAGGGCCCAGGCCACUCCUACCGGGUGCUCCGCGGGGCCAGCGGGUGCCCAGGGUCCCUCGCCCGGUCCCCGCAAGCACGCGCCGCGCCGGAGCCCAGCGGAGCCCUCGGCUCCGGGGCGCAGCCGGCGGUGGACCGGGCGCAGACGCUGCAGAGCUGCCCCAUGUGCCAGGUCGACUUCGCUCCCGGGCUGGCCCAGCUGGACAUCGACGGGCACCUGGCACAGUGCCUGGCGGGCAGCACGGAGGACGUGGUGUGGUGAGCCACCCACAGCGUCCCCACCAGGACCCCUGCCCUGAACCCGAUGCCCCGCACCCGACACUCGAGGGAGCUGAAGCUG